AAAACGUACAAACAAAAUGGCAGAAACUGUAACAAAAUCCGUCUGGUUUUCAGUUAAACGACUUGAUUUAAACGGUAAUUCAUUACUUAAGCCUAACAAGAUAAAAAAAUAUUUGGAAAAUGAUCCAUCUGCUGUGAUUUCUUUAGACGUUAAGGAAGAUGACAAAGUUUCUGAUGUAACACAAGCCCUACGUUUAAAACUUCAUUUGAAUAAUACUGACCUUAUUCUUAGGUGUCGCAAUAUACGAGGUUCAAUUAUUCCCUUAAAUGGUAAAAUUACACAGAUUCCAAAUAUUAAUACCAGACCUCUUAUCUUGGAAGUGGUCAAACAUUUUCAGUCUGUACAACCAAAGCCUAACUCACUAGAGCUGACCCAGUAUGCAGAAUCCUUAAAGAACAAGCUUUUAGACAUCCAAGAACGGAUAACAAAAGUAGAAGCGAGCAUGGAGAACAUGCAGGAGAAAAGGAAAGAGAAAGUCAGUCAGGAAAUCUCCAAGCUUGAGAACACUGUCAGCUUCCUAAAGAAGAGGAUUGAAGAAGCUGAAACUAUUGAGUGGAGAGGGAUGUUUGUCAAAAAUCCACUUUGGUGAUACAUGGACCAUAAAGCAAUCAAACCUAGUCUGUAAAAGUAAUGUUCAAAACAUGAUACUAUUUAGGAACAUUUUUUAUUAGUCAAAUACUGUAUUACUGCUAUAUCUAGGAAAGCAGUUGAAAUUAAUUAUAUAGAUAUUAGCUUACUACUGCCAAUGUUAUUGAUAAGAAAACCUUCGUUCAUACAGUACUUGUGUAAAAUGCAAAUAUUGAUGCAUCCAGAUCAGUCAAGUGUUAUUUUGUUACAGAGUUAUUCCCCCUCUAUAUUUUUUUGAGAUUUUAAAAUUUAAAUUAUUAUUUUUGUAAUUCUGAUCCACUUUUAGGUUGUUUUAGAUCAGAGAAACUUAAGUUGAUUGGUUUAGGUUGAAUCUGAAAAAUGAAGAGCAACUUUUUUUUUGAAUUAGCAUAAUCAAAUUGUAUUUGUUAAACAUGAAAAAAAAAAGCCUUGCAAAAGGUAACUUAACAAUACAGCAGCAAAACUGUUUUAUCUGCUAAUUGUGAUAUCAUAUGUGUUUACUUCCUUCAAUACACUGUAGUGGUAGUAUUCUUGCUGGUUCAAAUGUUGAAUGUUGUAAAUCCCAAAAUACAUUCUUAUUAUUUUCUUGUUUUUACCUCAUCAGAUAAUAAUGGUUAAAGUAAUAACAAUGUUUGAAUUGGCACAGAUGUUUGUUGUUGUAUGUCAUAAAGGAUGUUAAUUUAUUAUUUUCUACAUCACUAGUUAAACUGAUGGUAGUUAAAAGAAUCUCAGUGUGUUAGAACAUUUUUUAUGAAUGUUUUUAAAGCUUGAAAAAAUCCAUUGAUCUAAUUUUAUCUAUUUGUUUUUCUCUCAUCAAACUUGCGAUUUAGAAAUUUCUGAUUGUUAUGUGACAGUUAUUGAUAUUGUCUUGGCUGUGAGUGCCCACUAAGCAAAAAUGUGAAAAGUUCAAUAAUAUGCCAUAAAAUGUUUUUUGUACAGAAAAAUAUGAUGUUAUAAUUCACACAUUUUUAAUGUGAAAUGUAAAACGUUGCUGUAGAUUUUAUAUAAAAAUGUUGAUUUUUCAAGUUAACUAACAAAUAUCAAACUAAAAAAAAAGAAUACACAAAUGUAUACUUUUUGAAACUGUGACAAACUUUGUGAGACCUAAUAGUCCAUUUCAUCUUAAUUAUGUGAUUGUGCUUGUGGCCAUGUAGAGAUUGUGAGGUCAGCACAUUCUGUUACUGCCUUUCCUUUUCCAGACUCUGUGUGAUACCAUCAGAGUUGGAUGCAUGUAUCCUACAGACUGUUUGAUACCAUCAGAGUUAGAUGCAUGCAUCCUACAGACUUUGUGUGAUACCAUCAGAGUUAGAUGCAUGCAUCCUACAGACUUUGCUAGCACCAAACCUCUCGGGCCAUCUAUUUAGUUUAGACCCUGUCCAUCCAUGUCCACUUAGGAUGAACGAGUAAAAUAAGUACAAUUUUUUAUGAUGAGCAGUGUUAAUUUUAAAGAUUUUGUCCCCCUAAUCAAACAAAAACUGAUGCUGACCAUUAAACCAUUUUUUAAAAAGUUUUAAAAGUAUUAUUUUUGGUAGUUGUACGCAGCGUAACAGUAAAUCAUUAGAGCACAUCAUAUUCAUGACCUCACCCACCAAUCCACAUAGAUCCACAAAAGUUGAAUUUGUUUUGCCCCUCUCUCUUUUUGUGUGCAGACGUCAUAAAUGGAUGACCCCUUGUGUU